AUGGCUUUCAUAUUCAUUUUGUUUUUACUUCUCGUGCCAAUUAAUGGUGUUAACGGGUCGACAACGGAAGCGGGCUGCGUAAUGGUGCCGUGGGAUGAGUGCAGUGCCACGUGCGGACCGAGUGGGGUACGGAAUCGCUCGUGUAAUGGAACGUACACAGAAACAGAAGCCUGCAAUCGCUACUGUAUUAGUGGGAUUCUAGAAGGAAGUGCUUGCAAAUGUUUCAACAAUUUUACCGGUGUUUGUUGCGAGAAUUAUGUUUCGCCCACUAACCUCACUCGAACAUCAAACAUUGGUGCAUCUGAACUUACUAUACAGCAUGAAACUGAUCAAACAGAAGUUAUACACCUGACUGCAGCUACAGAAAGCCAGUUAAGUGAAAGUACAGCUAGUACACAUCAAACUGCUUCUCCAAGCUUCGUGGAUAAAUCUGAUUCAACCAGCAUGUCUGCAACAGUUUCUCCAAUGAUCACCUUUCAAACCUCAACCCAUGCAUCGAACACUGGUGAAACUGGACCUAUUAUACAGCAUAGAACUGAUCAAACAGAAGGUAUACAUCUGACUUCAGCCGGAGAAAGCGUAACACGUGAAAGUACAACUGAUCCAUAUCAAGCUUAUAAGUCAAAUAAACCAUUCAUGACUGCAGCUACAAUGACACGUGAUAACAAUAAUGCUGGGACAAUGACUGCUGCAUCGAAGAACACUGACAGUAGUUCACCUUAUUAUGGCACAACAUACAUGUAUAAGUCUGAUUCAACCAGCAUGACUGCAAAUAACAUAGCUCCAGUUACGACCUCCAUUCCUUUCCAAACCUCAACACAAACACCAAGAACUGAUAACAUUGAAACUACUACUGGACAUAUAUCUGGCCAAACCACAGGCGUGCAUCUGAGUACUGCGGAAGAACGCAAAGCUGAUGAAAGAUCCAGUGGUACCCAUCUAGUUGUUUCACCAAGCUUGCAGACACAUAGACAUGUUACAACUGAAGCUGCAACAAUGCACAACGGCAACUAUGCUGAGACAACUGCCCAUGUUUCAACAAAGACAGGCGGUACUUCAUCUUAUUCCAGCACUAGUGCAAUUAAAACAAUAUUAAUGGGCGUGUAUGAAACCGAUACAACCAACCUUACUACAACUGACAUGUCUACAGUUUCUCCAAAUAUCCGCCGUCAAACCGCAUCACAAGCAUCAAGCACUGAUGAAACUGGACCUACUGGGCAUACAACUGACAAACCUCAAAGUACGCAUCCAACUACUGUAACAGCUGAAGAUAGCAAGGAAACUGAAAGUACUACCGAAUCACAUCAGCUCUCCCUCUAA